AUGAAGCCAGCCUUCGCAUCCGCCGGCCUUGAGUCAGAGCCACAACUACCCUACGACCCAUAUUACAGUCAUCCUUCUUCGUCCUCGCCCGCGUCCUCAUCCUCGACUUCAUAUCCUCAUCAUCAUCACCCUCACCCCUCACAACAGCACUCCUCUUCAUACCCGCGCGAGUCCGAGUCCUCCCCACGCCAGCAUCAAUACCCUCCCUACUCAUAUCCCAUGGAGCAGCACCAUCGCUCUCAGCCUUCGCGCGAACAUGAGCACUAUCAUUCCCAGCGACACCAGCAGCAGCACCAAGAAUACCCUCCUCGGCCACAAAGCCCUCGGCGCCAGCCAUCUAACACAUCACCACACUACAAUGGCUAUAGCAACGGGGACAGUCGCCCCUACUACCCAUACCCUGAGUCCUACCCAUCCCAUGCCUAUCCUCAAUCUCAACGAUCUGUAGUAAGACACACAGAAGGCUAUGAGGGCAGAGUCCGCAAUAGCAAUAGGGACCAGCACGACCACCUCCUCACGACCGACCAUCACUCCAACUCCCAUGAUCAGCAGCAGCAUCACGAUCAGUAUCGCCGAGACCCCUCCUUUGGUUUCCACAAGCACCAGCCCUCCUCGCCCUAUAGUCAACACUCUGAACAUCAACAUCGCCGUGCUUUUGAUGACGUGAACAAGUUCCAUUUGCCACCGAUCCUGGCACCCGAGGAGCCCUUCUAUCGCAAGGAUCUUCCUGGCCGUCAUAUGCGCUACUUCCGCAAUGUGACAAGCCAAGAUCGCGAGGAUAGAAACGGCUAUUACUCCUCAGCACGCCAUGUUGCCCCAAGCAACACCACUGGCAACUUCGGUCAUGGUCCUCCCAUUGGCGCUGCCUUGGAUCGGUUCGCUGCGAAACAGGCACAGCAGCACCAACAGCAACAGCAGCAACAACAAGAGCAUCACGAGGGCCAUCGUCUCCCCUCACUCUACGCUGCGUUGCCCGAGCAGCGUCCCGCCUCCUCAAGCGUCUCCCAUCCCUACACCCACUCUGAUUCCAGCUCAAGCGAGCGGUCAAGUCCUCCAGGUGUUUCAUCCCCACUGCACCGUGGACCAUACCAACAGCACUCUCCCGUGCAAUCCCCAGCUGAGAAGCCCAUGGUCUACAGUCGGCCGCUUGCUUACCCGCAGCCACAGUCCAUCAAACACAAGGCCAUCCAGCCUCGCUCGAUCGCCCCUGCCCCGAUCUCGUCCAACGGCCCAGCUUCUCCUGUGAUGCAGCAGCCAGCGCUCUCGCCCCGCGCAGCUUCCAAGCGCACCGACCGUCAGAUCUACGUUAAGAUCGAGCCCAAGGAUCAACCCUACUACCAGCCUGCCCCUUCGCAGUCUCAGCAGCAGCGCAUCUCACCUCUUUCGAUGCAGGUGAAGCGCAAGUGGGAUCGUGACCACUCUCCUAUCCGCCAGGGCCCUCGCGCCAAUGCCAACGUCCCUGCUGUAGACCCCAUGGAUGAGUCCUCGCAGGAGUUGCAUCUCUUGUCUCGCCGUGUCCAGUAUGCGCGUCCUGCCCAGGACUCGUCGGCCAAGAAGAGCCAUUCCAUGACGAGAAUGCAGCGCUACCAGAUGACGACCAUCCGCUGCUGGCAUGGUGCCAUUGCCCAGAAGUCCUAUGGCAUUGAGAAGCGAUACCUCUGCCCGCCUCCGAUGGUGCACGUCUCUGCCGGCGUCAAUGCCAAGCAGAUUCGGGCCGAGAAUUCCCAUGUUACCAUGUCAGUCAUUCACGAGAAGGUCAAUGGUCCCCACGGCGAGAACUUGAUGGAGCAGGAUUGCGCGCUUGAUGACGGCCUCAAGUGCUCGUUCCGCAACUUGCAUGUCACUGGCACCGGCUCUGACAGCUCCAAGCGUUUCAAGUUAGGCCUUCAAGUAUACUUGAACAAGCAUACGAGCAUGCCCACGGCCAUUAUGGACUCGAACCCGAUUCCCAUCAUCUCCAAGCCCUCGAAGAAGACCGCCAAGGCUGGUAAUGCCUCGUGCUUUAUCCUGAAUGGCAUGAGCGUCUCGCUCCUGAACCGUAUUAACGCGCAGACGGUCCGCACAAAGUACAUGGCGGUCGACAACAACGCCGUCUGUGCCAAGAUCGGAUCCUGGUCCUCGUUUACGAUCAAGAUGGUCAAGCCCCCGCCAUCGCCUCCUGUCAAGACCGCUCCUGCAAGUAUGGGCGCUUUCAGAGCCCCCAGCCAUUCGACCAAGUUUGUACCCAUUCGCAUGAAGGGUGAACUUUCAGGUGCUAACCCCGCCGCUCAGGGCCAGUCCGCUGGCAUGGCGAGCUCGCUCUCGAACCAAGGUCGCAUGGAGUCUGCAUCUGGCUUGAACCAGACGGUUGGCUCGCCGUCGUUCCAGUUCCGUCACCAGCAACAGAUGCAGCAGGAGCCCGUGUACGUGUUCUCAAACUCGGAGCCGGUCCUCUACGGAUCGGAGAUUGUACUGAUCAAUGACUUGACAGGCAUCAUGACCGACCGUUUGAUCAUCCGCAAGGUUGAGAACGGCAAGGUCUCGCGUUCGGGUACGGGUCCAGUGAGCCAGAUGCAGAAGAUUGUCCUUGAGCAUCCUGAUCGCGUUCACCCCGAGGAUGGCCGUGCAUAUUACUUGAGCGCGUCCUCAAUCGGAAGCCCCAAGAUCGAGGGCAAGAUCCCUCUGCAGGCGGCUAUGGACCGUAGUCCGUUGCUUGAGUACCGCACGUCCUCGAAGAAGGCAUCGAUCAUGGAUAUGACGGAUGCGAACGAUGAGGAGGAAGAUGAGCUCAAUGAGGAGGACGGAGAAUUCAAUGGUCAAACAAGGCGUUCGGGCCGUAACCAGGACAGUGUUGCAGUCGACGAUUUUGUUUGCUGGACGAUUGCCGGUAUUGCCAAGUUCGAUUACACAUACUUUGGCCCUAUUCCCGCGUCCGUCGACACGGAUGUCGAUCCUUCCAAGGUCCCUACGGUUCUCUCCUGCCCCCACUAUAACUCUCAGACGAACACUAUGACCAUGCCUGUCAAGAACGUCUUUGAGAAGCUCUCUGCCGAAGAGGAGGCUCGUCUGACCAAGCAGCAGGACGACCAUCACGAACGCAAGCUGACUCUUUCCGAGUACGUGUACAAGCGUUGCGAGGAUGUCCGUCAGCCCAUGCGCGAUGAGGAGGGUCCGAUCCAGCUCUGGCUCGCCCAGCAUGGCCCCAUCCGCAUGCGUCGUCGUCAGUUGAACGAGGUCGUGUCCGAGGAGGAGGGCCAGCAGCUCACUGCAGAGCAGCAAGGGGACGACAACGAGAGCAGCAACGAAGAGAGUGAUGCCGAGGGGGACGGCGAUGAGCGUGAUAAGGCUACCGCUAAUGAGGACCGCUUGCCCAAGGUUGCGACCAAGUCGAUCGCACCCAAGGACGGCACCAACGCAGCUAACAACACUGGCAGAAAUGCGACGAAUGUGCAGGCGAACGGACAGCCGUUGAUCAAUGCUGCGAACGGACGACACUACGGAGGCAGCCAUCUCCCGGCGUCGAUGAACUCUGCCCUGCAGAACCAGAAGAAGCGAAAGAUGAUCAAGCACCCGAUGGGAUUGGAGGCCGAGUUGCCCUAUGGAUGCGAGGUGCGCGCGGCGCAUGAUGCCCAGGGUAAUGCGAAGGCGGAGUUGGAUAUCCUGAUGGUGGAACGGGGAAGUGGAGUCGCGUACAGAACUGGUUAUAAGGUCGUGUACUCGCGCGAGCGUGAGAGAGUCGAUUGGGUGGUGGAAGUUGUUGGUUAA